GUUCAACUUGCUGAUCAGUUGGUCUUUGGAUAUUUCGGAGUGCAGUUGUCUGGCGCGCAAGCAUUUAUCAACACCUCUACCUCUACCUCUACACAAGCAAGAUGGACUUGACCGGUUGCGGUUUGAGUGAUCCACAGACGCAGCUGGCUGAUGCGCUGGCCAAACGCAAAUUACAUGAGUUCAGAGCGGCGCUUCAGAUGGGCGCACAGCCCAAUCUGGAGGACGAGCGGCACGCGAGCAUCUAUGAGAAGGCUUUGUCGACACCUGGCUGUGCGGAGUUUAUCGAGGAGUGUCUUGCCCACGGCUGCAAUGUGAAUCAUAUCAACCUGAAGCACAACAAGGCAGCUAUAAGCUACGCCACUGAUUCCAGAGAUCCCUUGAAUUUGGCGGUGUUGCUGCGUCGUCCCGAGGUGCAGGUGGAUCGUAAAUAUGGACAGCUAGCUCCACUUCACUCACUGGCCAAGAAUUUGACGCCAGAGAAUGUGCAGCAGGUGCACAGAUGCAUGCAGCAGCUGCUCGAUUACGGCGCCUCGCCCAACGUCGUGGAUCAGGGCGAGCAGACGCCGUUGCAUUUGGUGCUGCGCAACAAAAAGAUACAGCACGCUGACAAGCUGGAGCUGGUGAAGCUCUUCUUGCAGCAGCCCAAUCUGGACAUCGACACCUCUCGCAAUGGUCAAGUGCGUGAGAUGUUGCUGGCGCAGCAUCCAGAGCUGCAGCUGCCGCCGCAACGAUUGGUGAACGUCGAUGAAGAAAUUGAUGUUGAACGACUGCUGCGGCACCUGCGCGAUGGCGAUGACUCCCAAUUCGAGCAGCUGCUCGAUAAGCACAAGAGCCUCAGCGACAAGGAUAACCAGCGCAACAUACAGCAGGAGCAGUACUUGCCGCUGCUGCUGGAGUCCAUAAAGCGGGGCAAGCAAUGCGCCUUCGAGGCCAUACUCAACACAGGCAUCAACAUCAAUCAGAGGCCAAGGGAACAGGACGGUUCGGCUGUGGAGCUGGCCGUCAUCUGGGGCAAUUGGCGUGCACUUGAGAAGCUGCUGCAGCAUCCGGAGCUCAAAUUGAAGCCAGGCAGCACGCUGCUCCACGCCGUGAUCAGUAGGCUAGACCAACAGCCGCUGGAUAACUUUUGCGAUCAUUCGCGUUGCUUUGAGCUGCUGCUCGAUAGCCGGCUGGUGGACAUCAAUGAACGGGAUGCCAGUGGCCAAGUAGCGCUCUACUAUGCGGUCAAAUAUCGCAAUAUGCAGGCGGUGCAGACGUUGCUCAGUCGCGGUGCUUACAUCGGCGCGAAGAGCGUCUUCGGUGAGCUGGCCAUAGAGGAUAUGUGGCCGGAGCUGUUGGAGCAGCAUUUCGAUUCGUGCAUCACGACAAACGCCCAAAAGCCGGGCGAUCAAAACUUUGAGAUAAUCAUCGAUUACAAGAAUCUAAUGCGAGAGCAGCCAAUUCUCCAGCAGCAGCCGCUCAAGGGGCAGCCUACGCCGGCGCAGGACGAAAUGGCGCCCAUCGCUUGCAUAGCCAAAUCAAAGGAGCUGCGACAUUUGCUGCAGCAUCCCCUAAUCUCGAGCUUUCUGUUUUUGAAAUGGCAUCGACUCUCGUGCAUCUUCUAUAUCAACUUCGUCAUCUACACCCUCUUCACGGGCGCCAUCGUCGUCUACACGCUGCUCAAGUUCCACGAGAGCGACACGAAUCUAACUGCGAUCUUCGCCAUCGCCUCGUGGAUGGGCAUUUGUUAUCUGAUCAUAAGAGAGCUGAUACAGUUACUCAUGGCGCCCAAAUGGAACUACUUCUUCUCACUUACCAAUCUAUUGGAAUUGGCCCUCAUUGUUUUGGCCAUUAUGACGUGCAAGGAGUCGAGUUUCGAUAAGGAGACACAGCGCGUACUCGCUGUAUGCACGAUCCUCUUGGUUGCCUUGGAGUUCUGCUUGCUGGUCGGUUCGCUGCCCGUUUUAUCGAUAUCGACGCACAUGCUGAUGCUACGUGCUGUCUCGAGUAGCUUCAUUAAGAGCUUUGGCCUCUACUCCAUCUUCGUGGUUACCUUCAGCUUGUGCUUUUACAUACUGUUCGGCAAGCCGCAGGACCAGGAGCAGCAGCCAAAGCCGGGAGCUGAGAAGGAUGAUGGCUUCAAUAGCUUCUCGAAGCCCAUCGAGGCGCUGAUUAAGACCAUAGUCAUGUUUACGGGCGAAUUCGAUGCUGGAGACAUCAAAUUCAACAGUGUGCCCACCUACUUCAUCUUCCUGCUCUUCGUCUUCUUCAUGACUAUUGUGCUGUUUAACCUGCUCAAUGGCCUGGCCGUAUCCGAUACGCAGGCCAUCAAAGCCCAGGCGGAGCUGAAUGGCGCCAUUUGCCGCGCGAACACGCUGCUGCGCUAUGAGCAGGUGUUGAUGGAUCGCAAAGGACGCACUGGUUACCUGAUGAGCACGAAACCCCUGCGCUGGACUUAUGAGCGUUUGAUGCGCAUCUAUCCCAACUAUUUGGCGCUGCGUCAGAUCUCGGUGCUGCCCAACGAUGGCAACAAGGUGCUCAUACCGCUGAUCGAUCCCACCGAGAUGCGGGAGCGCAACAAUGUCCGAUUCCAGGCGCUGCCCACGAAUCAGGACUGCGAACAUAAACAGCUAAAGGGCAAAUACUCCCGCAUUGAUAAUCGCACCGUCAAGCUGGCCCUGGCACUCAUCGAGCAGCGAUCCAGCGGCGAGCAGAAGCGCCAGCGAGAGCUUGACACCGAGAGACGCCUAGAGCACAUCGAACAGAAGCUGGAACAAAUGCUGCAGCUGCUGCAAAAGUAACUAAUGGCGGUGUACAUAAGCGAGGGUAGCCUAAAAACAUUAUGAAACUUAAUAAGAAA